UACCCCCCCACACACCCUCAUUCCCUACGCCGCCAGUUUGUUAAAUUAAUGCAGUAAGAAACUCUGAAGAUCUGAGGGCGUCCUGGUCAAAGGAAGAUGGGCGAGCUCUGAAAACCGAGAUGUAUCUGACGCCUUGGUCUCCCGAGCCCCGCGGCGGCGGCGUAGACAUGAAUUCCUGCAGCCCCUGAAACUUGCCCUGGGCUGCCUCGAGCCUGCAGCCCUGAGCGAUGGGACACCUUUCCUGCAGCGAUCAUAACUUAUUCGGCGGGGACCAAAGAACAGGGAUUGUGAGGCGACAGCAGACCAGAACGGAGGCAGGAAAACGAAGAUUCCCAGACUCGGUCGCGAUGCGCCAGCCUGGCACAUUCCCCGAGAUUUAACUGAAGGCAGCACCAUCGCCUGCUUUCCCCGGACCCCUCAGGCCAGCCCAGGGAUUUGGUCUCUACUACCAAGACGCUCGCCCAGCCUAACUGUCCGAGGCCAGCGCUCUGAUCUCCACGAAAGAUUUUUUUUCCUUGCAUAGAACUGGACGUUUAAACAGAAAAAUAGGGGUUUUAAAAAGGGUAAAAAGAAAACAAGAAAGAAAGAAAAAUAUACCCACCCCUAAACGUGCCUGCCAGCGCCGCAGGGAGCCCCAGACACGCUGGAGUUUAGCAAACAUCGAUACUCUCCGCGCUCCUGAAAAGCAGGGCUGGGCGCUCUCCGUGGUGCUGAAACGCUUUGCGGCCGCCACUGUCCGUGGUACCUACAGCCUCCGCGCUCCAGUCCCCCCACCCCCGGCCCGGGGGCUCUCCCUCUGCACUCCUAUUCCCUACCUCUCCUUAACAUCUGGAUUAUCUUUCCAGUCGCGAUCGCCGGUUUUGGAAGUGCCAAUCUGAAACAUUUUUUUUUGCCCCCACAACUCGUGGACAACAAAGCACAAGGACCUGAAAAAUGUACAGCUUCAAUACUCUUCGACUCUACCUUUGGGAGACCAUUGUAUUCUUCAGCCUCGCUGCUUCCAAGGAGGCCGAAGCCGCUCGCUCUGCUCCCAAGUCCAUGUCACCCUCAGAUUUCCUGGAUAAGCUCAUGGGGAGAACUUCCGGAUACGAUGCCAGGAUCAGGCCCAAUUUUAAAGGUCCGCCCGUGAAUGUGAGCUGCAACAUUUUCAUCAACAGCUUUGGCUCCAUUGCUGAGACAACCAUGGACUACAGAGUCAACAUUUUCCUGCGGCAGCAGUGGAACGACCCCCGCCUGGCCUACAAUGAAUACCCGGAUGACUCUCUGGACCUGGACCCGUCCAUGCUGGACUCCAUCUGGAAACCUGACCUGUUCUUUGCCAAUGAGAAAGGAGCCCACUUCCACGAGAUCACCACAGACAACAAACUGCUGCGGAUCUCCCGCAACGGGAAUGUCCUCUACAGCAUCAGGAUCACCUUGACCCUGGCCUGCCCCAUGGAUCUGAAGAACUUCCCCAUGGACGUGCAGACAUGUAUCAUGCAACUGGAAAGCUUUGGAUACACCAUGAAUGACCUCAUCUUUGAGUGGCAGGAGCAGGGAGCUGUACAGGUGGCGGACGGACUCACCCUGCCUCAGUUUAUCCUGAAGGAAGAAAAGGACUUGCGGUACUGCACCAAGCAUUACAACACAGGUAAAUUCACCUGCAUCGAGGCCCGGUUCCACCUGGAGCGGCAGAUGGGCUACUACCUGAUUCAGAUGUACAUCCCCAGCCUGCUCAUCGUCAUCCUCUCCUGGAUCUCCUUCUGGAUCAACAUGGAUGCAGCACCCGCCCGUGUGGGCCUGGGCAUCACCACCGUGCUCACCAUGACCACGCAGAGCUCUGGCUCCCGAGCGUCCCUGCCCAAGGUGUCCUACGUGAAAGCCAUUGACAUUUGGAUGGCAGUCUGCCUGCUCUUCGUGUUCUCGGCCCUGCUGGAAUACGCUGCCGUCAACUUCGUGUCUCGGCAGCACAAGGAGCUGCUCCGAUUCAGGAGGAAGCGGCGACAUCACAAGAGCCCCAUGUUGAAUCUGUUCCAGGAGGACGAGGCGGGAGAGGGCCGCUUCAACUUCUCGGCCUACGGCAUGGGCCCCGCCUGUCUGCAGGCCAAGGAUGGCCUCUCGGUCAAGGGUGCCAACAACAACAGCACGGCCAACCCCGCGCCCGCGCCCUCCAAGUCCCCCGAGGAGAUGCGCAAACUCUUCAUCCAGCGGGCCAAGAAGAUCGACAAGAUCUCCCGCAUCGGCUUCCCCAUGGCCUUCCUCAUCUUCAACAUGUUCUACUGGAUCAUCUACAAGAUCGUCCGCAGAGAGGACGUGCACAACCAGUGACGGCCGCGAGCGGAGCCCUCCGCGGUGCAUGAGUGGAGAAUACCGCGCUGGCUAUUUAACCCGGG